AUGGAACAAGAUUAUAAGAAAAUGGUUAAUGAUCUCCGAAGUCAAAUCAAUGAAGCGAAAGAGGAUAAAAAAAGAAUUGCUACAACAUUAGAAAGUGUUAUGUUAUCACAUAACGAAUUACAAGAAGCAUUGGAGCAACUUCAAGUUGAUUUAGGAAGGAAAGAUCAUGAACUGAUGGGAUAUAAACAGGAAGAGCGCCGCCUAAAAGAAACAAUCAAUCAAUUGCAAACUGAAUUGGAGACCAUGCAAAGAAAAUUAUUUGAUAUGGAAACCAAAGAGCUUAAUGAGAUUAAACCACUGAAAAAUGGACUAGAACAAGCUCGAUCCGAUAACAAUAAAAUGGCCAAGACGAUGAAUUCUCUCUUAAAGACCAAUACACAACUUCAGGAAAGUUUGGAAAAGUUGCAAAUUGAACUCGGUAAAAAAGACAAUGAGUUAAAACGAUUUAAGGAAAGCAGACUAAAAGAAGAUAGCAGAUUCAAGGACCUAGAAGCCAAAUUACAAAAAUUGGAGAUUACCAAUAAACUGAAGAUAGAUGGAGAAUUAGAUGAGUUAAGAAAGGAACUAGAAAAAAGCGAAUCAAACAAUUCUGAAUUAACCAGCAAGAGUAGAACGCAAUCUAAGCGCAUUAAAGAGUUAGAAAAGGAAUUGCAUCGCUGCAAAGAAAAAUCAUUAAUGAUGCAAACUCAAUUAGAUAUUGAAAGUAAAAAACGAGUUCCAGUCAAAGAGGACAAAAUUACCGCAAAAAAAUUAAAGUCUCUUAGUAUCGAAUUAGCCGCAUUAGAAAAAGCUAAAAAGGAAUAUAUUUUAAAGAACGAAGAACAGGCUAACACUAUCAAAGUUCUUGUUUCUGAAAUCAAUGGAUUGCAGACCGAACUGUCUCUUUUAGCUCAAGUUCAUGAAGAUAACCAAUUAGAUUUUAGGGAUAAUUACACCAUGGCCGAUGAACAUGGCCUCCAAUCUACUGUAGAAUUACAAUCUGAAAAGCAACGUUAUGAAGAACAAGCUAUCAGAGCUAAAGAAAUGUUAAGGACUAGUCGACAAGCAUUAGCUAAGUUGGCUAAUUAUGCACAAACAAACAAAGACGGCAUGACUAGACAGCUACAUGAAAUGCAGAAUCAAUUGGAUCUUGAAAGAAGUCGUAGUUAUAUAGCUUCGGAAAAAUUAGAUCGAUUAAGGGUACGAUAA